UCUGUUUCUGGAUAACCCUUCAAACAUGAGGCUGAUUUUGUUUUUCAGCGCCCUUGCUGGGGCUGCCUGGUGCCUAGAAACAUUUGUUGGCGACCAGGUUCUUCGGGUGAAGGCAAACAGUGAAGAAGAGAUUAACAAACUACAGCUGUUAGAAACACUGGAGCACCUUCAGCUUGAUUUCUGGCUACGCCCCUCAAACCCAGCACUUCCUGUGGAUAUUCGAGUCCCCUUUCCCAGUCUCCAAGCAGUCAAAGUCUUCCUGGAGUCCCACCACAUCGAGUACUCUAUCCUGCUUGAAGACCUGCAGGUCAUAAUAGAGGAAGAAAAGCAAGAGAUGGUCAACAAUCAACGAAGGGAACGUGGCACCAGUAAUUUCAACUAUGGAGCUUAUCACCCCUUAGAAUCUGUUUAUGCAGCAUUGGAUGAUCUUGCAGCUGAGUAUCCCAGCCUUGUGAGCAAACAGAAGAUUGGAGAGUCUUAUGAAAAGCGGCCCAUGUACGUUCUCAAGUUCAGCACUGGAGGAACCAACCGUCCUGCCAUUUGGCUCGAUGCCGGUAUCCACUCCCGAGAAUGGAUCACCCAGGCAACUGCACUGUGGACAGCUAAAAAGAUUGCGUCUGAGUAUGGGAACAAUCCAUCUGUCACCUCCCUGUUAAACAGAAUGGACAUUUUCCUGCUGGUUGUCACAAACCCUGAUGGAUAUGCAUUCACUCAUACCAAUAAUCGUAUGUGGCGGAAGACACGUUCUAAGAAUUCUGGGAGCCUGUGCAUUGGAGUUGAUCCAAAUAGGAACUGGGAUGCAGGCUUUGGAGGCCCUGGAGCCAGUACCAACCCCUGCUCUGACUCUUACCAUGGACCCAGCGCCAACUCGGAAGUGGAAGUAAAAAAUGUUGUAAACUUUAUCAAGAGCCAUGGGAACAUCAAGGCCUUCCUCACCCUUCACAGCUACUCUCAGCUUCUGUUGUUCCCCUUUGGGUAUAAGUGCACCAACCCUGCUGACUACAAAGAGCUGGACACCGUGGGGAAAGCAGCUGCCAGUGCUCUGGCUUCACUGUAUGGCACGACAUAUAAAGUUGGGACCAUUUGCUCAACUAUCUACCAAGCCAGUGGAGGCAGUAUUGACUGGUCCUAUGAUUAUGGCAUCAAAUACUCCUUCGCCUUUGAGUUGCGAGACACAGGUCGCUACGGCUUCCUUCUGCCAGCCACUCAAAUCAUCCCUACUGCAGAAGAGACCUGGCUAGGUCUGCUGAAGAUCAUGGAGCAUGUGCGAGACAAUCAGUAAUAGAAGUGGGGAGGCAAAUCAACAGUAUAAAAAGGAUGAAGCCAACCGUCAUUUAGAAAACAAACCCCAAAUCUGAUUCCUUUGUACUUAUGUAGUAGCAUAUUCAGCUGAUGAAAAGCCCUGUGUAUGUUCAAACUACUGUGAGAUGCAUCUGUCUGUAAAGAUUCCUUGCUGCA